CAGAGCUCCUCAGACCAGUGUCGUCCAUCGCUUCAGGAGGCUUCCUCUGGUUAACUCCACCACACAGUUGAUGGUGGCCACCUACUCCGACAUCAAGCGGACCAACUGGCUGAUCCACUCCGCCUGCGGCCUGGUGGAAGGGAGCGCGAGGCUGGUGGCACGCGCGGUGGCCAGGGGCACCCGGCCCCUCCUGGACAACCUCGAGCCUCAGAUUAACAUCGCCAACGACCUCGCAGCCAACAGACUGGACAGACUGGAAGAGAGGUUCCCCAUCCUGAAGCUCUCCGUGGAUGAGGUGACCUCCCACCUCAGCGUGUCCAUCAGCCUGACCUUGGACAACGUGCAGGAGUGGAUCGCCUCAGAGCGGGACAGGGUGACGGGGAGAACGAGAGCCGCGAUGGUGAGGGCACAAGGCUUUGUGGCCGGUCGGGUCACUGCCUUUCUCAACACCAGCCUGGGGCAGGUGCUGGAGGCCAGGGGAGCUCGGGCUCUGGUCAGCUUCGACCGUAUGGUGGACCAAUACCUCCCCGACACUGAGGAGGCUGCUGGUGCGGCGGCCUCCGGCUGUGACGGGCAGGAGGAGCCGGGGAUGGGUCCCCAGGUGUGGCGGCUGGUGCUGAAGGUUCGCCUGCGCUGGCAGCGCCGGGCGCUGGUGUACGGGCAGAGUGUGUGGCUGGCGCUGCUCACCAACGCGCUGCUGCUCUACCAGGUGCUGGACAGGCUGGGCUCCAGCCAGAUGUUGGCGGUGGUGUGGAGGGCCCAGCAGCUGCUGCUGUGGUUCUGCGUGGCCAGGAUCUACCGUCUGUCCCACCUCCAGCUCCAGCUGCAGACACAUCUGGCAGCAGCUGGCAGGGUGGCCUACUCCGCCCUGGGCCUGGCCCACAUCGGCCGCAACGUCUCCCUGCUCACCGAGCUGCUGAGCCAGUGCGCCGAGCUGGCCGUCCUCCUGCAGCUCUUCUUCUUCAAUGCCCUCAGGAGCAUGCUGCUGGAGCCCGAGGCGCAGGAAGAGAGCGGGGAGUCGGGGGACGAGUCGGCGGACGAGUCGGCGGACGACCUGUACCAGAUGAACCUGUGGGCGGGGCGGCGGCGGAGCUCCCGGGGGGAGAUACUCCUCACCGGCAUCGACGAGGUGCACAUGGAGCGGAUCCUGGAGGAGGCGGGCCGGCGGCGGCGCUCCCUCGGCUCCGAGCAGCCGUCCCGCGGCCUCAGGCCCGGCUGCAGCACCAGAUCCGAGCCCCAGAGCCCCUCCCACCGCGGGGCGAGGGAGCCGUUGUCCGGGCCGCGCCGGGCUUCCCUGACCGAGCGGAUCCUCAGGGAGCCCCAGGCCGCCACGCAGUAAGGAGCGGGGAGCAAGCUGUUUCUGACUUCUU